CUUUCUGGCAUUGUAUACAGCAUACACCAUGUACUCGUGGUUAUUGACAUAGUACUUCUUUACUCAAGUAAUCCCUUAACUUUUCAGUCGAACUAUGACGAAUAUCCUAUUUACAACCCAGUUACUGAUUAUACAUUCAAGAGUGGUAUGACUUUUCAACAAGGAGCCUAUCCCAUUGAUACGACCCGCAUCAAUAUCGGUUUCGUUGGACGGCAAGGAGCUGGAAAAUCAACGUUGAUAAACGCCAUACGAGGUUUGACAAUGAGUGAUCCACAAGCUGCCGGUCGUCACCCUUGCAAUCACAUGGAACCAUUUCGAUUCAUGGAAGAGGAAUUUCAAAAUAUGAUCCUUUGGGAAAUACCGUACCCCCGUGCUUUCGUUUCCGUAUCCGAUAUAUAUGACAGGAACAUGGGUUUUGAACGAUUCUAUGAAUCCCAUAAGUUGAACUUAUUCCGACGUAUCUUUCUAUUGAUAGCCGACGGUGCUCCUCACGAUGACGACAUUUCCUUUGCCAGAAUUGUGCAUUCAAGGCGUACACCACUGACGAUGCUUUCGACAAAGUCGGACGAUGACCUGGACGCCGAGGCUAGGGAGUUUGGGCGUUCAAUCGACUCUUCCCUCAAGAGAGAAUACGACGCCAGAGCUAGAAGUGUCUUUACAAAGUCUUUGAUGAUGAAAGCGCAGAUUCUGACAUCUGUUGAGCUACUGCUUAUCAGUAGUCCCGUUGUGAAGAAUUUGCUCAGCGGAACCAUCGGUUAUCUUCAUUACAAACUGGAUGAAGAUAAGUUACUGGAGUUGCUCGAACUUGGACCAGGCUGUCAUUACACAUUGGAGAACAAGCUCAGAAAAACUGUAAGAAACACUUCGUCGACAUUCCCACCACGUCACAUCCAAAAAUCCACCGUACUCGCGGAUGCUGGGUUCGAAAUAAUGUUUGGUACUGAUGAUCGAGUAUUUGGUAACCUUGAGCCGAAGUCAACAGUUCGACGAGCUGGCCGAACUACCUUCAACUACGGAUUCAUUGGUGGUAAUGGCGUCGGAAAGUCGUCAAUGAUAAACGCCAUGAGAGGGAUGUCAUCGAAGCAUCCACUUGCCGCUGGGAAGACACGUAUCAAACGUGGAGCAUGCGAACGGUUUGAAUUUGACGAUGACUUACUCAAGUACAGCGUGACACUGUGGGAACUUCACUAUCCGAAGAAAAUAAGUGCUUAUUUCGAAUUUAUAGACCGCCAUAAUAUAGCCAGCUUCACGGCAAUAUUCGUUCUCAUCGACGAAACCCCAACCGAUGAGGACCUUUCCUUCUCAAAAAUCGCUCAUCGACGAAAUGCUUCUGUUGUGUUCCUGUCAUCGAAGAGCGAUCGUAAAUUGGCUGCACGAAGUCGAAGCGAUGAAAUUCCCGUAUGCGACCUAUUGAAACAACGAUUCGUCGACAAAGGUUUGGCACGGUUUGACAGAACCCUUUCUACCAGCGCGCCAGAGCUUUGUGGAAGGGUGCACGUCUUUUUUGUCAGUGCUCCUGUCUUCCGUGCUUUGCGAAUCGGUGACGCCCUGGGGAUGCAGUUUAUUCUACAUGAACGUGCUGUGUUCGAUUUCUUGAAGCAAAAACGGAUUGUAGCCGACCUUCUCGACUCUCCGUCACCCGAUGAGUUCAAGGAUACUGUGCAUACGAAUCCAAAUCUGGACACUGCCGGUGUAGCCAUAAUUGAGAGCUCAUAA